CCAGCACCAUAGAGAUAAAGGAGAGACCGAGUUAAAGGGGGGCGGAGGGCGGGAAGGUGCACGGAAAAGGCGAGUGGGUAGAGUGGCUGGUUUGGGUUUUUUUUUUUUUUUUUUAGCAUAAGGCCUCUCUGCCUAUCGCGGCAUUCUGACUCGCUGGUCGUAGUUCUGAGCCCGGACUGCCGGAAAAAGCCUCAGCGCUUGUCUGAUUAUGGCGACGGAGGACGAGACUAAGAUUUCUAAGAAGUCCUUUCUGCAGGAAAUGCUGGAAAUCCAUAAAAUUCCUUGUGCUCGACAAUCAUUUCUUUAUGGAAUAUUGGGUGGUCUAGGUGUAGGGCUUGGACACUUUUUGGCAACUAGCAAAGUGAGACGAUCCUAUAACUUGGGAGUAGGAGGUUUCUUUGUGACAACAUUAGGAUGUUGGUUCUAUUGUAGAUACAACAAUGCAAAACUAAGGUUUCAGCAACGCAUGGUUCAAGAAGCGAUAAAAAACAAGAUACUUUUUGAAGGCACUCCAUUUGACCCCACAAAGAGAGAAACAAAUCAGGAAAAAAGCCAUUAGUUUUAGCAAUGCCAUUAAAAUAAUUUAUACUGAUUAUGUGUAUUUACCGCACCUUACUGUAAUUUGAUAAAACAUUUCUUGUAUUGUAAAAUUCAGUUUUUUAUUCUCAUUUUAUCACUGCUUUGUAUGUAAAUAUGCUGCUUUGAGAGCAACUUUCUAAAGUAGCACAUUCUAGCAAUGUUUUUUCUGAUAAAUUAAAAAUAUAGCAACAGCACAUUGAAAGCUUUAUCCAUUGGACAAAAUAGCCAAAACUAAAGGACAAUAGUGGUUAGUUACUUUGAUCUUAAUGAAGUAUAGCAGUCAUUUAAAAAUCUCUCAGCUACUGCCUCUGAGCACAAUUUUCCUGCUGUUCUCAGUACUAUAUUAAUAGGAAAUGGAAUAGCAGUUUGCCUAAACUCAUGCUACAAAGAACAAAUAUAUUUUGAAUGCUAUGCUAAUUUUUUUUGAGGAUUACUGGAUUCUAAUGUUAGCUAUACCUUUGUUCUGUAGAUUUCAAUCUUUCUAAAUUGCCAUACUGUAUUUCAUUUUCCCCUUUUCAGAAUUUUUCAACUGUAAAGGUGCAGUGCCUUUAGUUUCUUAAAUUGUCACUUGAUUUAUAUAGUAAGGCACAUGGUGUUUUUUUUAAUUUGAAACAUUUACACUGAUGAGAACCAGAUGAUGUAACUAGAUGACCUUGCGCCAGUCAUUCCUUCAGACAUAAUUUGUGCAGGCUUUGCAUUAAGCUAGUGUCCACAUGUAUGUAUGACAUAUCUACCUAUCGCUUUUUUAAAAUUGGCAUUGUUAUAAAGGAGCCAAAUAGUUGAAAAAACAUUUUACCCAAAUAUACUAUGUAAUAUAUUGUUACUAAUCUCUUAAUGACCCACUGAUCUUGUAAAAUAUCUUAUUGCUAAAAAAGCGGAUGAUUGUUUCCUUAAUUUUAAUUUGGAAAAAGUAUACCUUGUAAAAAAACUCGGUAUGUUCAUUAAUUGCAUAUUGAUAUACAAAGUAUUUGUAAAGAGCGCAGUAUAGUAAUAAAUGUAGGCUUUUAAUGUGGUACCUUUUUCCAAUGAAGUCUGUGCAAGUGCACUGAGAAAUCAUGUUGUAAAUAUCUAGAAGCUGCUGAAUAUCUUUGCCCAAAUCAUAAAGUUGCAACCACAAAUUUUACACAUCCCAAAUUCUGUAGAUUAAAUCUUCUAAAUCUGAGGCCAUUGGUGCUCUGAGUUUGUUUUCUUGCAGACCUUUAAUUACUGUAUAUACUCGAGUA